CGCUGGGAGUGGUUAAGUACUGUACGCAAGGUAAUUUGUUUACGUCUGACUCCCUCCUGCUAGGUGAGGUAGUCGACUGCUGUCUGUUGCUGGAAGAGGGACGAUGUGGUGGCUUGAAAAAGCCAGGAGAGUGGCCGCCAUGAUGGCAGUGUGGUCAGUGGUGGGAGCGGUGAUGGCGGCGGCGCUCCACACUACACUUGACCACGACUCCGGACUACCUCCACUCCCCUCGCUUGCUGACCUGAUGGAGUCCAUGGAUGAUGAACCCUUCGACACUCUUGCUGACCUUGACAAGUAUUCCGCUAAAAUUCGGGAUCGUGCACAUGUCCUGAUCUCUAAGGCAUUUGCUGCAGAAACCCGUAGAUAUAAAAGAGCUUUGGAUAUAAAGUCUGUGAAUGUGACUGGUACACAUCCUUACGACGUAGGCUUCGGAAGUUUAUUGGGGAAAGUUACUGGCUUGGAGUUGCUGAUGGAAAAGAACCGGCUCUUCUGCAUCUUGGGGAGCUACAGAAAUGAGAGCCAGGUAAUAGUUGAAUUAUCAUGGCCAGAGGGCAAGGUGUUACGCACGAUUCCGUUCCAGCUGUCUUCUCCAACUGCUGAUAAAAUUGACAGGAUUACAGCUUCUAUGCACAUGAAUUUUGUGUGGAUGGCUUUGGGGUCGACAUCGUCACAACUGGUGACCAUUGUGUGCAUGAACCCAGAGAACGGCCAAGUGACUAUCCCACAAAACAUACCCGUACAAAAAUUGGGUGAUCUGCAUAUGUUCCAAGCCAAUGCAGAGUUGUUUCUGGUGGUCGGUGAGCAUUACUUUGGGAACUCCUGUGAUGCUGGUAUAGACUCUGCCCUUUUUAUGCUCAUGGGUAAAUAUUUUGACCGUGUUGAUGGCUUGAAGCUGAGGACUAAAGGAGUACAGGCAAUAACAGGCUUUGCCGAUAGUGGGAACUACUAUCUUGUUCUUGGACUGAGAUGUGUUGAUGGAUCACAGGUAUACAAAUUUGAUUCGCUAAUGAAUUCGAUAGAACUGAUUCAGCAGCUUUCUGAUGACGAUGUGUUGGAAGUCCUUCACUAUGUAGAUAGACACGAUCGAAAACACUACGUUGUUACUCUGAACAAUGGCGGUACACCGAAGAUCUACUGGUGGACAAGAGAGCAAUUGCAAGAGUGGCAGAACUUGCAGUCGAAGCCCAUUGAUCGCACCUACUCGAUUGGUAUUAAUUUCUUUGACAACUUGGAGAAUUUGAUAUUGCUGUCACAUGGGUCGGAGAUAACCUUCUACACGGACGACAUGUCGGCUCACUACAUCCCCACGUUCACCGCCAAGACGUCCUGCACCACCGUUUCUAAUCUCCAUGGUAUAAAGAUGGCACAAGAUUACGUAAUUAUCUACACGUGUCAAAAUCUCCAGACUGGCAAGGCCACUGUCGAAGGAAUGAAACUGAUAUAUCAUGAUAUAGAAUUGCUUGAAUCGGAGAAGAGUGCAGAUUCUCUUCUAAAGUGUCUUGAUGAACUGGGCCAAGCCCUAGAGCAGAGAAGGGAGGAUAUAGCCUAUAUAGAAGAUCUUCUAUCUUCAAAUUCCUUGAUGACUGUUGAUAACUCGCAAACUUGGAGUGGCCCGAUAAUCUUUACCCAGGGAUUGACUGUUAGCGGUACAACCACCUUCGCCGAUACCCUCACUCUCAAGGGCUCGGUUGAUGCUACCAAUGAAGAAUCUUUCUCUCAGUUUGUCUUGCUCACCAGCAGCCUGCAGAAUAAUGUGAACGCCUUGGUUAACGAUUCGACUAGGAUACUCUACUUCACGGGAGACCAGACACUCACGGGACCAAUCACGGCUUCAUCCCUAACGAUUGACAAAGCCUAUUUUAACCUUCUAAAAAUACAAAAGAUAAAUGGCAUACCUUUAUUGGGUAUAGAGAAAGAGUUCCUAAUCAGUGGGGUCGAUCAAGUCAUAGAUACCAGCGUGACGGUGACCUCCAUGAAAGCAGACCUGUUUACAACACGAAGUUCUCUAGUCACAGGAACUAUUAAUGGCAUCUUGACUGCAGAUUUCAUGCGCAAAAGUGUUAGUAACCAGGUGAUAAAGGGCGAGCACACGUACAAGACCCUGACGUGUGGCGGUAUAUCAAACACUGCCAGUGGAGUAAAAUGGCUCUCUAUCAAUGGCAUAGAUUCUUCAACCAUUGUCACAAAGGGUGCUAAUGUAACUUUCCUGGAUAAAAAAAUAUUUAACAAGUUGAAAGUUCUUGGCCAGAUCAACACGGGACUAGUCAAUGGUAUGGACGCAAGUGGGCUGGCUAAUAACGUCAUAUAUACAGACGUCACGCACACCCAGACAUUGACUGGGUCUUAUUCAUUUGCUUCUGUCCAGGUGGAUGGUAAUGUUGAUGUAACUACCAUUAAUGGCAUUAACUUGAGAGAUUUAGAUGCUUCUGUUGUGAAAACCUCUGGAGAUUUUACAUUGAAAGGUCCGAUAACUUACAAGACAGGCUUGACUGUUGGCGGAGAUCUUAAUAUCGGCUCUAUUAAUGGCUUGGACUGGGAUAACCUGGUUGACCUCCAGUCUCAAGAUGUCAUCACUGCAAAUUACUAUUUUUCUAAAGGAUUUGUCUCGGAUGCUGUAAGGUGCGACAACAUCAAUGGACUAGAUUUAAGUAAGGAUGUGGUUCUUACGGAUACCCAGCAAACCAUUUAUGGACGAGUAACCUUCAAUAGUGAUGUGAUGGUUACUGGUCCAGCUGGAGUGACAAUGGGAGAAGGAGUUACCAUCAACAACAUUGACAUCUCGAGCCUUAAAGUGGAUGCAACAAGCCUUGGUGUUCUGGUCGUGGAGGAUCCCGCCAACUUCACUGUACCUCUUACUUGUACUGGUGAUGUUACCGUCCAGACAAUCAAUGGUCUGGUACUGGAUGGCAUAGAAGAGAGGUACUGGAGGCGCUCUGUUGAUCAGGACAUUAACGUCAGGGUGCACAUCAACCAAGCUAUUUUUCUCAACGAAGUGACAGGGUCUAGUAUUAAUGGCAACCAGAUGACAGACUACCUAGACUUCGGCAGCUCCCAGUUGAUCACUGGUUCCUAUACUUUCCAGAGCUCCGUAAGAGUGAAGGGAAACCUGGAAUUGGGUCCAGAAAGUACUGUGAAUGGCAUAGAUAUUGGGGCCCUGAACAACACUGUGAUGACCCUGUCUGGUGACCAGACCAUUGAAGGACCAGUGGAAUGCAAGGGCAGAAUGACUAUUGAGAACCUAAGUUUGUCUGGUAGGCUCAAUGGCAUGGAUCUUUAUAAGGAUUUCAUGAGACUGGACCAAAGUUUAUGGCAUACAGGUCACGUUACAUUCGCGUCCAAAACCGUAGCAACACAUAUGAAAUUAAAUGGUCACUUGACUGUAGAUUCCCUAAAUGGAUUUGAUGUCCAAGCCUUGGCAGCCGAUAUGGUGCUGGUCGACCAGGAUGCCUUAAUAGAGGGAUCUUUUGGCCUUCAGUUCACCAGCGCACUAAGUGUUCAAAGUCUUAAUGUGAGUGGAACUAUUGACGGAGUGAAUAUAGAGGACCUUAUGAGGCGCGCGCUCAUGAAGUCGACGACAUCUGCUCAGGAGGUGACGGGUCGUGUGACGGUGACGGGCGGGGUCCACUUCCAGCAGCCGCCUACUCUUGCCCAAGUGAAUUCCAAGAACUGGGAGAAGCACCUGAAUGAUGUUGUGUUGAAGGACUAUAGUGGUAUCAUCACUGGCACAAAGACUUUCCUUCAACCACUGAACAUCCGCGGCAACUUUGAUCCCACAACUAUUAAUGGCAUAAACGUGAUAGACUUGGCAUCCCGAUGCCUCACAAAGUCCGGUGACCAGGUUAUUCCUGGCCAUUACACCUUUAACUCUAGCAUAAAUGUGUCCUACUUGUAUUCGCCAAUAAUAGAUGGUGUCAAUGUGAGCAAUAUAUUGUUAAUUGACCAAAUUGGUAAUCUGGGAGGAACGGUUACCUUCAUGGCUGAUGUGACGUUCAUAGGAGACAUUACUGUUGCAACGGACACUUUGAAUGGUUGUGACUUAAAGCUGAACUCGCGGCCAAUUAUAAAGGAUCAAUAUGGAAAUGUUAACAUCCAAGAAUCUGUACGGGUUGAGCACUUGACUGUCACGGGCAACAUCGUCUCUGACGCGGCUGUGGUGGUGGGACUUAGUCAGAAAGUUGACUUGGCUCACUUCCUCGACGCGUUGGUCUUGAAAUCUGUACCCCAAGAAAUUUAUGGUUCGGUAUCGUUUCUGGGAGAAGUCAACGUAACUUCUAUGACUGCAAUCACGAUAAAUAAUGUGGAUGUAGUGGAACUCUACAAAGACAGUGUUAUGGAUAACGAAGACACUGUUAUAACUUGCAACUUGGAGUUCAGCAGCCCACUAACGGUUAACAACGUGGUAGUGACGGCUUCGUUGUUGGGGCAGUCUGGCAGUGGCGUCUUGAUCAAUGGCGUCAGUGUGGCUGCCCUGUACUCGCAGGCAGUUCUUGCUAACGGCCACACCUUCGUAAUCACGGGGAACAAGACCUUCUCUAAUGGGUUCUCUACGGACAGUCUCACCGUUAAUAAAACGCUGGGUGGUGUAGCAGUGAGCGACCUAGUGGUCUUCUCUACCACAGGCCAGGUUGCUCAGGAAGUUUCCUUUGUCGCUCCAAUCUCGAUUCAUGGGAAUCUAAAGGUCCUUGGCUUGCUGGAUGGUGUGGAUCUUUCAUACAUAUUCGCCAAGAGGGUAAUGCUCAACGAGACGCAAACAUUGUACGGUGCUUGCAAGUUCGAUGCCAUCAGUGUGAAGGGUGACCUUGAAGUGGAGAAGAUUAACGACGUAUUGAUAGCAGACCUAGUUGUGAAAGUUGGCAAGAGCUCUCAGAUCAUAACUGGCAUAAAGACCUUUAAUGGUGGGCUAACUGUUAAUGGCCCCAUUAAUACUACUCUACUGAAUGGAUUAGAUAUAUCGACACUCGGCAGCGCCAUAGUGAGGACUGACCAAAAUUAUACCAUAAAAUGGCCUGUAACAUUUGAAGCCUCUGUGAGAGCCUCAUUAUAUAUAGCCGAAGGAACUGUAGGAAGAGUAGAUGUGCACAGGCUCAGCCAGAACAUAUCUCUAGUCUCUCAAGAACUAGACUCUCGCAACACUUACAUCAGGAACCUGUAUAGAGAAACUGUGAAUAUAACUAAAGAAAAUUAUGCUGGAGCAAGAGAUAUGUUUUUAGUGUUGGCAUAUUUGGAGAAGAUCAUGUUAAACCACCUGGGCCAUGUUGGCGGUUUGAAGUUUAUUACAAACUAUAGACUUAUCGCUGGCAAUAAUUUCCUGAGUGUGAAGAGCUGCAAUAGAAAUUGCGUGUGUGAUGCAGAAACUAGAUUAUAUAGGGUUGGUGCUACUGGCAGCAUAGCUGAAGAAGCGAGCCUAGUGUCGUCUGGGUCGUUGUUCGUGUUGAGCCACCCAUCCCUAGAUCUUCAGAUAACGCUUAAUUUAACCUGUACUCCUAGUGUAUCCACGCAUGUCGAGGUAGAGACGAUAAAGGAAGGAUACCUUCGUACUGUGCUGAAGACCCAGCUGUCAAUGGGGCUAGUAGCAGAUGCUGGACUCUUCGUUGAUGGAGGCAUGACUUACAUUGUAACGGCGGCAAUGUUCGAGGAUGAAAGGAACGCAUCGUCAAAGGCCAUGAUCUGCACACUGAAGUAUGAUCAUAACACUGCGCGUCUGACCUUGGUGUGGGAAGAGGCAUCUCAAAGGAGUGCCACGAAAUUAGACUUGACCAUGAUAAAUAACCAGUGGUUCUUGUUGGUGGCUAAUCGGUUGGGAAGUGAAAAUGUAAACGUGUAUACGGCUGUAUCGAAGCUAUACGUUUGGGAUGGCACUGGAGAAAGGUUUAUCGCCAAAGGAGAGUACGUUGCGGACCAUGUAACUUGUGGCAUGUUCUUGAAGUCCAGUCGACCAGUGGAGGAAAAUUUCUUCACCUUAACGCAACUUAAGGCAGCCAAAUAUCCAGUAUUCGAAGAUAAUCUUGAAUAUACAAAAAAAGUAUUGGUCUUCAGAUACAACAAUGAUUCGAACAGCUUUGCAGAAUUUGAAUCCCUAGACACUUUUGGCGUUGUUGAUCAAGCUACUGUGACUGUAGGUGACAGUCUGUACUUGUUGCUCCUCUCGCAAGUCAAGGAAAAGCUCGAUAUCUAUGAAUACUUCCCUCUUGAGGGCUUCAAAUUGUAUCAAAAAGUGGCUGUUGGAAACCCUUACGCACUAGAGGUGAUAGUCCUACAAAAUGACACUUUCGUCGUAGUGUCAACCACGUCACCUGAAGGAAUACUGACGUUGAAGGUUAACACAAAGGGUGUAGAUCCAAGAAAGCUAAACUGAAUUUUGUAUUACCUGUGAAGCCCUUGUUAAGUUUGUGUAUGAAAGAAUAUUACCGUUUUAUAGGAUUUUAUUUAAAAUAUUGUCUGUACCA